CAACAGGCCACGGAUUGGCGUUUUCGUUUUGCCUUGUAUCGUAGUCUCACUCGUCACUGCUAGUCUGCUACCCCUCUCUGUCUCUCUCUCAUUCUCUCACAAUUUUCUCUCUCUUCGCUCAACUCAAAAUCUCUGGCAAAUCAAAUCGUCGAUUUUCGAAUUCAUCCUUAAAGGCGGCUAAUAUUUUCUUAUUCAUUCGCUGGAUCUGAGCUGUCUACUUUUUCAUCCCUAAUUUAAUCCCUAAAUUAUUGCAAAACGUUAACCCUAGUUUAUCCACGACAAAAAGGUUAGGGUUUUUGGUACCGAAUAUUGAAUUAGGGAUUGUUGAUGCGCCGAAUCGCGGAAUUGUAUAUAAUUUCGACCUUUCUAUUAGUCGAAUUUCUGUUAAUUAGGGUUUAAUUGGAGAAAUUUGGAUUGAAAUUGAUGGUGAAAGCUGAAAAAGGAGAAAAUGCAAGGUUACUAUGUGUGUGCGGGAAGGCGGCGAGAAUAGGAUUUUGAAGAGGCACAUGUGUUCCGUGCCCUCGACGUCGAUUAUAGCAGGUGUUAGUGUUUCUCCAAUUUCUUCUUUCUUUAAGGAUGGUCGCAAGAUCACUGCUGGUGACUCUGCUCUUUUCAAUCCCGUCCAAGACUCUCCACCUUUUGCAGGUUUAAUUCGUUGUUGGACGUCUGGAAAAGAAAGUAACCUAAAGUUCUUUGUAACUUGGCUUUAUUGACCUGCUGAAGUAGAAGGUCUGAAAGGCGCUGCACUUGAAGCUGCGCCAAACGAAGUUUUCUGCUCAUUCCAAAGUGAUGAGAUUUCUGCUGCAUCAUUACUUCACCCGUGUAAAGUUGCAUUUUUGCCUAAAGGUGUUGAACUUCCCUGUGGGGUUUCUUCAUUUGUGUGUCGGUGAGUUUAUGACAUUACAAGCAAGUGUUUGUGGUGGCUGACCGAUCAGGACUUUAUUGAUGAGCGGCAGGAAGAAGUAGAUAGACUCUUGCAUAAAACACACAUAGAAAUGCACGCAUCAGCAGAACAGCAGCAAGGUCCCCGUUCUCCAAAACCAGUGAAUGGUUCAACAGCGACAUCACCUUUGAAACAUAGUCCGGACAGUGUGCAGACUAGCAGCUCUAACCUCUCUUCUCACAGAAAGGGGAAAAAGAGAGAACGAGGUGAUCAGUCUUUUCAUGCCAUCAAACGAGAGCGGUCCACAAGACCUGAUGAUGGGGACCCUGGUCAGCUGAGAUCUCAAAGCACGUUUAACAUGGAAAUUUCUAAAAUUACUGCGAAAGGAGGCCUUGUGGAUUCUGAAGCUGUAGGGAGGCUGGUUCGACUCAUGCAGCCUGAGAAUUCUGAGAUUAAGAUAAACUUGACAGCGCGAUCCAUGCUCGCUGGUAUUAUAGCUGUUACAGAGAAGCUUGAUUGCCUUAAUCAGUUUGUUCAGCUUAAAGGUCUACAUGUAUUAAAUGAAUGGCUCCAGGAAGUUCACAAUGAUAAAUUUGGUGAUUCAGGAAAUAUUAAAAACAGUGAUAUAUCUGUGGAUGAUUUCCUCCUGGUAUUACUUCGUGCACUGGAUAAGCUCCCUGUGAACCUUAAUGCAUUACAGGUGUGUAACAUCGGCAAAUCUGUCAACCAUUUACGUUAUUACAAAAACUCCGAAAUCCAGAAGAAAGCAAGGAGUUUGGUUGACACAUGGAAGAAAUGUGUCGAGGCUGAAAUGAGUAUCCAUGUCGCAAAAUCUGGCUCAAGUCAAGCUGUUCCAUGGCCAGGCAGAUCUCAGCAUGACAGUUCUCAUGGUGCGAGUAGGCACCCUAGUGGAUCAGAUGCAGCCAUUAGGAGUUCUGUGACGCAUCACACUUCCUUAAAAUCUGCUUCAAUAAAACCCGUAUCAGGGGAUUCCAUUUCCAAAUCUUCUUCGCCACAUCCUGGUGCAAGAUCAACAUUGUCACCUAGUUCAAUAACUGAUAACUAUAAGGAUGGACGGUCUAGGAUAGAUGCUAAUGGUGGAAGCUCUGAGCAUCAGGGAGUGGCAAGGGAGGAUAAAAGCAGCAGUUCUAGCCAAUCCCACACCAACAGUCAAUGCUCUGGUGACCAGGCUAAAAAUUUGGCUCCAUCUGGAAGGGAAGACACUAGGAGCUCUACUGCUGCAUCUACGAGUUUGAAUAAAACUGUAGGCAGUAGCUCCAAGCACUGUGUAUCAGCUAACGGUCCAUCUUCUGCUGUUCAGAUAGAAACUGCAUCAAAUAGAAGCUCAUCCGUAGCCAGAAAGUCAGCUGUAGAUAAGCUAUCCCAUAAUGCAGUGGAAGCUUCUGUUCAAGAAAGCAACAAUCAUAAGCUUAUUGUCAAGAUUUCUAACCGAGCUCGGGGUCCUGCACAAAGCAUUAGUGGAGGCUGUAUAGAGGAUAUUUCCUGCAGAAAUAGCAGAGCAUCGUCUCCUGCUCUUUCAGAGAAGCACGACGUUACUGAUGUUUCUAUGAGGCGUAAUAAACAUGACUCUCACCAAUCUCCUGAGGUUGAUGGAUCUUCAGCUUCUGCACACCAAAGAACGAUUGAAACUAGGAGAUUACCUAAUGUUACAAAAAUUGCUUGUUCACCCUCAAGAACUGAGAUCAAGUCUAGUAAAGUCUAUGACUCUUCUUUCAGCUCCAUGAAUGCUUUAAUUGAAAGCUGUGCUAAGUUCUCAGAAGCUACUGGGUCUGCGUUAUCUGGAGAUGAUGUUGGGAUGAAUCUGCUUGCUAGUGUAGCUGCUGGAGAAAUCUCAAAGUCUGGUAUUAUUUCACCUCUCUCUCCUCACAGAAAUCUUAACUUGGCUGAAAACUCCAGUAGCAACCAUGUUGACAGUCAAAAGCAGCUGCGUCAUGAAGAUGUCAUUCAGCAAGGUCAUCCAACUAAUUUUGCUUUCGCUGACAAUCAUAUCAAUGUUGCAUCUGCUGCAAAAGUUAAUGAGGAAAGUAGUGAAGUGUGUGGUGUGGGUGGGAAUCUACAUCAAAGUGUUGAAGGGUGCUUGAAGAACAAUGGGACAUUGGACGAAAAAAUAGGCACUGCAUCUCCAACUGUGUCUGUAGCAAGCACAACGGGGAGGAGCGUAGGUGAUCUUGAUGCUGAAACUACCAACGGAAAGGUUAUAGUUGCCAAGAAAGAGAGUCAAAAUGAUCUUUCAGUUGCAAGUCAGGGGCUUGUUGUUUCUUCGGACGCUGAAUAUAAGGUUAAGGUCACCUCUCUUGAUGAUGAAAUUGAGAAAAAAGCUGACAAAGAUACUGCUUCAUGCUAUGCUUCGGAUGGUGAGGAUGAAAGUAUUAAUGUUAGUCGUGGGCUUCAACACAAAAUCACAUUGGAGCAUAGUUCACUUGAUGUAUCAUUGCAAUCUGAUCCCACAGCUACAACUGAGAUGGCAGUGGUGGUUUGCUCUGGUAAAAAUGAUCAUUUGGCUGUUCUAAAUUCAACUGAAAUUAAAUCUGAAAAAACUGAGGAUGUUGUGGACCUUGCCAGUCAGGCAGGCAAUAUGAUAUCAAAGAAAGAGUAUGAUACUUCUUCCGUACCUGAGAAACAAGGUGAACAUGUAGUAAUUUGUGCUGAUGUAGAUCCUGACAGAAGCUGCAAGGAUCAGAACCCAGAAAACACAAAAGCUCCUGCACAGCGAUUUGGCAGUUCAGCCUCACAAGUAAGCUCCUCUGCAGUUGCUUUGCUGGAAGCAGAAUUACAUUCAACUGCAGAAGUAACAAAGUCAACUACUGCAUUGGAAGAUAAUAGUAAAGAGAAUAGUGGAUCUGUUGCAGAAAAUGUUCUGUCAUCUGCUUCCGGGUGUCCAAAAGUGGAUAAAAAGCUCGGGUUUGACCUGAAUGAAGGCUUUAAUGUUGAUGAGGGGAAGAAUGUCGAGCAUAUCAACUCUGCUGCUGGUCCAUGCCCAGAUAUGGUUUGUUCAGUCAGCCCCUUGCAAAUCGCUAUUUCCUCUGCAUCACGUGGUCUUCCAGCAUCCGUUACUGUGGCUGCUGCAGCUAAGGGGCCAUUUGUUCCAGCCGAGGACUUGCUGCGGAAUAAGCAAGAAUUCGGAUGGAAAGGAUCAGCUGCUACAAGUGCAUUUCGUCCAGCUGAGCCCAGAAAAGUCAUGGAGGUGCCUCUGGGUCCCAUCAAAGCUCCUCUUCCUGAUUCCCCUGCUUGCAAACCAGCUCGGUUUCCUUUGGAUAUUGACCUUAAUGUGGCCGAUGAAGGUUCUGGUCAGGAGUUUGAUGUUAGAAAUAAUCCUGUAUGUGUGAUGAUGAAUACAACAUCUUCACGUAGCUCUGGAGGACUUGACCUUGAUUUGAAUAAAGUCGAUGAAGCUCUCGAUCUGUCCCACAUGGGACGACACAUGGCUAGCAAUAUUCAGAGAGCUGAAAUUCCGACUCAGUAUGGCAACCCAUCAACAUCAGAUGUUUUUUCUAAUGGUGCAACAAGUAGUAAGAGGGAUUUUGAUUUGAACAACGGGCCUGCAACUGAAGAAAUACCUGUUGAGCAACUAUUAUCUAGUCAACAUAACCGUGGCAACUUUCCGUUCCAACCACUGUUGGGGCCUAAAAUUAAUAGCUCUGAUAUAGGGAAUUGCUUUUCUUGGUAUCCUCCAGGAACCAGCUACUCAGUAAGUAUGACACCAUCAGCUUUACCCAAUAGAGAAGGUUUUUCUAUUGUAGGGGUAGGUGGUGGUCCCCAGCGUGUUGUGGGUGAUCCAACCUCAGCCUUAUCGUUUAAUUCUGACGCAUACAGGGGAUCAGUGUUAUCAUCUUCUCCUGCUUUGCCUUUCCAUCCAGCCUCUUUUCAAUAUCCACUCUUGCAAUAUGGGACAGGUUUUCCUCUCCCGACAUCAGCCCUGGCUGGUGGGUCAUCUGGGUUCAUGGACCCAACUGCUGGUGGGCGGAUUUCUGCUAUCCCUUCCCAGUUGGUUGGAAAUGCAGCAGCAGUUCCAUUCCAGUAUCCUCAAGCAUAUGUUUUUUCUCGCUCUAUUCCAGACGUUAGCAAUAAUAGUGUAAUUGAAAGCAAUCAUAGGUGGGGAAAGCAAGGUCUAGAUCUCAAUUCCGGCCCAGGCGUUUCGGAUGUGGAGGGUAGAGAUGAGUCACUGCCAAUUGUAUCCAGACAGGUCUCCACCAUCAAUUCACAGUCCCUUGCAGAGGAGCAGGCGAGGAUGUAUAGCAUGGGAGGCCCAGUGAAAAGGAAGGAGCCUGAGGCAGGUUGGAAUUUGGAUAACCUUAACUUUAAGCAAUCGUCUUGGCGAUAGAUUCACAUGGUGCUACCAUAUAGUGACCCUUGAAAAUGGAAGUUGUUUUCGCUAUUUUGUAGAAGAUGGAUGAAGGCCAACUACCAAGAAGUGAUCAUCUAACUCUCUUCACAAAAGGAUGGGCGCCAUGCUGAGUUGCAGAAGCUGACUCCAGUAACCAUACCAAAUGAGAGUGAGGGAUUUAUAACAUCUCUCCUAGUUCCAAGAGGUCUUGGGAUCGAUUCUCAUUCUUGGCAACGGGAUCCCCUUUACUCCCCCUAAUUUGUCAAGGUUUCUCCUUACCCAAAAAGAAAGUAACCAUACCAAAUGCGUUUUUGUAAAAUGCUGCUUUUUAUGUGAAUACUUCCUUUCCUGCUCUUUGGAAGGAGGUGCGGAUUAAAUUUCUGUAUUUUAACGGCAAUUACCUUGUGGGUUACGGCUUCAUUGCGUUUAGUUUGGUUUUUGCUGUUCAAAUUACUGUACUCUCCUUCCCCUUUGGCCCCUGUAUAGCAACUGUAUCAUACUGUCGACAUAAUGGCCCGGUUUCUUGUAUAUUUUGCUGCUGCCAUGGCUUUGGCCUUCCGAUAUUAGUGGUGCCACUUGCAUCUUGCUUUCA